CUCCCUGGCGCGGAGCUGCCGGAGCGGGGCGAUGUCCCGCCUACAUGCGUCCCUUUCUGAUUGGAGGGUACGCCUUGAAAUCCCGCCCACCUGCCCACGCUCAUUGAGCAAAGGUACCACGGCGCUUGGAGAAAGCAGAAUGGUAAGUGCAUAUGGAGCACAGUUGUCUUCAGAAGCUUGCAGAGAGCUGGGCUUCUCCAGUAACUUGCUGUGCAGUUCUUGCAAUCUUCUUGGACAGUUCAAUCUGAAUCAGUUGGAUCCAUUCUGCAGGGAGUGCUGCCAAGAAGAAGCUCAGCUGGAAACUAGAAAGCUUUAUGCAGGAGCUGUCCUAGAGGUAUGUGGAUGAAAACUGGGAAGGUUCCCUCAAGUCCAAGCUUUUGUCAGGAGUGAUAAGCCAAAGCUCUUCAGGGGACUGCAAAUCAAGUAUGUGCGUGGUUCUGACCCUGUACUAAAGCUGCUGGACGACAGUGGGAACAUCGCAGAAGAACUGAGCAUCCUCAAGUGGAAUACAGAUAGUGUGGAAGAAUUUCUAAGUGAAAAAUUAGAACGUCUAUAAAUCAUUGCUUUCCAUCCUCUUUUUGGUUUUUUUUUCAUAUUUUGUCAUGGUAAUCUUCUCAGAUGAAUUGUUCUACAAUUGAAAACACAUUCCAGAUUCUGUAUUUGUUUUAAAAUAUCUGUUGUGCUGUACUAAACAUCUUGUAAUUAGAAGGGAAGCUUCAGCACACAUAUCUGACAAGUUGACAAACAAUAGCUUGUCUUAACAUUAUUAUUUCAGCUCUUAAUGCAUUUAUCACUAACAAAAUGCCUUGUUUUAAAGUUAAUUAUGCAAAUAUCAGUUUCUUAUAAUUGGUCCUGUUUUUACAAAUGCUCUUAAAAUCGAAGAGCUUCAAAUAAUUGAAAUCAUUACCAUGCUUUUUUCUGCUGCUCUUACUAAGGAAGUCAGAACCAAAUGCAAUCUUCUAUCUCCCAAAGAAACUUGGCUACUAAUGCCCUCUUCUUUUUUUUUGUAUUUGAACUGUUCUUUUAUGGAAGCAUUGUUUACAGUGAGUAUCUAGUUCACAGGUUUUGAAGCUGAUGGAGGAACUCAUGCUCUGAUGCUGUGAAACAUUUAGUAAGUACACUUUAGUGAAGACUACAUAGAAAACCUCUGAGGUGUAUGGAAGUCUGAUGUCAGGUGUGCUUUACAUUAAGUGUUUUGCUUCAGAAAACAUGAGCUAUAAGUUUUGAAAAAGCUUUCCUUCUAACUUUCAGAAAGUUAUUGUAAGCCUGUUUAUCAAAUUAAUUUAGAAGCUUUUCUUUUAAAAUUUAUAUUUUUUUCUCACUUGAAGGGAAUACAGACAGUACGUAUGAUAAUGAGUCAAAUCCAUUAAGACUUGUCAGGUUUUUCCACUUAUCAAUAAAUAUGGUAAUCAAGAAUAAUGUCAUCUUUUUUCUGAAGUCUAAUUAGCAAAUAAAUUUUCCCUUUAACUACUUAA